AGAGUUCUUGUCUGCAAUCAGUAUCUAUUGGCUGGGAAGGAGGCGUCUAUGUACAAACAUGUGGCCAUACAUUACACAUAGAUUGUCAUAAAUCCUACAUGGAAUCUCUACGGAAUGAUCAGGUUCUCCAGGGUUUUGCUGUGGACAAAGGAGAAUUUACCUGUCCUCUGUGUAGGCAGUUUGCCAAUAGUGUUCUUCCUUGUUAUCCUGGCAACAAUGUAGAGCGAAGCCUUUCUCAGUGUCACAGUACCAAAAAUAUGCAAGAGCUCAUCAAGGAGGUGGAAGAACUUCAAGAGCAGCUGGGAACUUUCCCAUCAGAAACCAAUUUAAGUAAAGAAAUGGAGUCAGUGAUGAAAGAUAUUAAAAAUACUACCCAGAAAAAAUCUACUGACUACAGCAAGACACCUGGAUCACCAGACAAUGACUUUCUUUUCAUGUACUCUGUAGCCAGGUACGUAGAACACUGUUCCUUCUAUUUGUCACUUAUUCAGUUGCCUUAUUGGACAACCCUAGACUUAAAAGUUUAUGGAAUGAGGAAAU